AUGGUGAACCAUUACCCUUCAGAAACUAAAAAGAAAAGAAAGCCUUGGAUAAUCCAAGUAAUUGUUAUGUAUUAUUAGAAGGAAGACAAGCUUUUAAGAAAAUUAGUAAAAAAAUUCUAAAAUGAAAGGUUAGCAUGGAAGAAAAUCUCUUAAACUUUAAAAUAACAUGGGUUUAAUCGGGACACCAAGGCUUGUCGAGAAAGAUUUUCAAAUCAUCUUGAUAACAGUUAUAAUAAAGCUGAUUUAACAGAUAAGGAAAUAGAUUAGCUUUUUGAGUUGAUUGAACAUUAUGGAAAUAAAUGGGUAAUAAUUUGAAACUUAUUUUAGACAUAUAUAGCUGAAUAAUUAAAUAAUAGAACAGAUUAAGACAUUAAGAAUAAGUUUUAUGCUCAUGUCAAGAAAAUUAUACGUCGAUUGAUAAAAGUUGCUUAUAAAACAACUGAAAGUAUUUAUUAUUAUCAAUUAGGCUCCAUAAUCAUUGCAAAAAUUCAGCCUCUCUUGAUUUCAAGCAUUUAUUGUCAUCAUGAUGAAGAUAAUGAUAAAAUAUUAAAAAUUGAUGAUUAGAUGAAGGCUCUUUUUAAAUAGUUAAUUCGAAAAAAUAAAAAAAUUGAAGUUGGAGUCAAUGUUGAUGACUAAACAAUAGAUUAAGUUAAAAUAAUUAUGAAUUACCUUAGUGAGUAAAAGUAAAAUUAUAUAUAUAUAUAAAUAGUGAUAUAUACAUAGAAAAAAAGGUUAGUAAGUAGGCAAAAAAGGUGUAAAUUAUGAAAAUGAAAAAUAAGAGAACUCUUAAAAUGUAAUAAGACUUAAAUUAAUAAUAAAAAAUAAUAGAAAAGAUAUAAAAGUAGCAGCCUAUAUUUACAACAAAGAAAAUUAAAAUUGAAAAAUUUAAGUUUACUAUUGCUCCAUAAUAAAUGGAUUAAAUAUCUAUCCCUUAUUUCUAAUUUAAAUCAAUAGAAAAUAUGAAUUCAUUUUAACCAUACAUCAAUCCUAUUAUUUCAACUACCUCCUAUUAUUGGAAUCACCCUUCUAAUAUAUUUUCAAUUAAUUCUUUAUUAUCAAAUGUAAUUGAUUAAAAUUAUUUAUAGAAUUAUUUGUUUGGAUUUUAAUGUAAUCAAAAUUCAUAUGGAAUAUAGUCCGAUAAAUAUAGAGUUACUCCAGAUUGA